CGUCGACCUUUUCUCGGCCCUCUGCGUUUGCCGGAAGUCGCGCCCAUUCAAGUGUGGUCGUUGCUCAGCGCGGUCGCCUCGCCCCUCCCCUUUACUCCAGAUAGAACGAGCAAGCAGGGGGGCAUCAUCAUGACGGAGAAUGAUGUCGACAAUGAGCUGUUGGAUUAUGAGGAUGAUGAGGUGGAAAACCAGGCAGCUGGAGAAGGGGUGGACGUCCCGUCAAAGAAAGAUGUCAAGGGAUCCUACGUCUCCAUCCACAGUUCUGGCUUCCGUGAUUUUCUCCUGAAACCGGAGCUCUUGCGAGCUAUUGUUGAUUGCGGUUUUGAGCACCCCUCCGAAGUGCAACAUGAGUGCAUCCCACAGGCCAUCUUGGGCAUGGAUGUACUGUGCCAGGCCAAAUCUGGCAUGGGCAAGACCGCAGUCUUUGUUCUUGCUACACUUCAGCAGCUGGAGCCAGUCACAGGUCAGGUGUCAGUCCUUGUGAUGUGUCACACCCGUGAGCUGGCCUUCCAGAUUAGCAAGGAGUACGAGCGCUUCUCUAAGUACAUGCCCAGUGUCAAGGUGGCAGUAUUUUUUGGGGGCUUGUCCAUCAAGAAGGAUGAAGAAGUGCUGAAGAAGAACUGCCCCCAUAUCGUGGUGGGGACUCCGGGCCGCAUCCUGGCGUUGGCCCGCAACAAGAGCCUCAACCUCAAGCACAUCAAGCACUUCAUCCUGGACGAAUGCGAUAAGAUGCUUGAGCAGCUUGAUAUGCGCCGGGAUGUCCAGGAGAUCUUCCGCAUGACCCCGCACGAAAAGCAGGUCAUGAUGUUCAGUGCCACUCUCAGCAAGGAAAUCCGCCCCGUGUGCCGCAAAUUCAUGCAAGACCCCAUGGAGAUCUUCGUGGAUGACGAGACCAAGCUGACGCUGCACGGUCUGCAGCAGUACUAUGUCAAACUGAAAGACAACGAGAAGAACCGCAAGCUCUUUGACCUCCUUGAUGUUCUGGAGUUCAACCAGGUGGUCAUCUUUGUGAAGUCUGUGCAGCGCUGCAUUGCACUGGCCCAGCUGCUGGUGGAGCAGAACUUCCCGGCCAUUGCCAUUCACAGGGGUAUGCCCCAGGAAGAGAGGUUGUCACGAUACCAGCAGUUCAAGGAUUUCCAGCGUCGUAUCUUAGUAGCCACCAAUCUCUUCGGACGUGGCAUGGACAUUGAACGAGUUAACAUUGCUUUCAACUAUGACAUGCCGGAGGAUUCGGACACAUAUCUGCACCGGGUGGCGCGUGCCGGGCGCUUUGGCACAAAGGGCCUGGCGAUCACUUUUGUGUCGGAUGAGAAUGAUGCCAAGAUCCUCAAUGAAGUGCAGGAUCGCUUUGAAGUCAACAUCAGCGAGCUGCCUGAUGAGAUCGACAUCUCCUCCUACAUUGAACAGACCCGAUAAAGGGGACUCUGCCUCUCUACGUUGACCUUGGUUUUAAUUCCUGAUCUCCUCCGCUCCUCCCUGAAACUUCACGUUUAAUUUCACCUGAUGGGGAUUGAGGUGAUUUGACAGUCUGGAAUACACAAUCACACUCCACUCCUGUGGGUAGGGAUGGAAGAGCUUCUGUCCCUUAGGCUGUCCUUCGUGGAGAUGGAACCAACCUCAACAGACUUUCUGCGCUCCCCAAAGUCCUAAGAGAACCUUAGGGCGGAAGUCCCAUUGCUCAGCUGGUGCUAAGAAGAUAGGAAAGGUUCCCCUGCUGGUGUCUCCGCAAGAGACCUGAUUUGGGAUGAAGUUCUACAGCCUGCCUGCCCAGCCAGCAAGAUCUUGGGACUCCAGUUACUGGCAUUGCCCACUUCAUCCUUACAUUAGCACUACCCCGGUGGUCUGCCUCCUGUGAUGGGGAGCACAAAAGAGGGAGGAGUUUUGGUGGGGCACUCUGUGAUUUUCCGGCAUUUAAAAUUACGUUUUGUUUUCUAAGAAGAAAAUAAGCUCCAGGGGCUGGGGACUGAACACACAUGCUUUUGUAUGCCCAUUCAUGACAUAGAGACUGUUCUGUUUUUCUUAAUGUGUGUGUUUCCCAUCAUUUUUAAUUUUGUCUGCAUGUCAAAAUUAAUACCCUGUCCCAGCUGGUAUCUUUUGGCAGGUAAACAAAUAGUUAAAGGCUGGUAACGUUUUAGCUGUGGCUUAUUCUCCCUCCUUCCCUUUGAUACCCUCUUUAUUUUAUUUUAAUUUUUUUUUGUAAUAAAGAGCCCAGCACUUAUGGGUGUCUAAUUAAACUAGUCUUGUGAAUA